AUGGACAAGGUGCAGGCUUUCGGGAAGAACUUCUCUGCUUCUUUCACUCCCUUCGCGGCCCGAACCCAGCAGUAUGUCAAAGAACAGCUUGGACAGGCUGAAGACAAGACUCAGCUCCCGCCGGACUACAUCGAGCUUGAGAAGCGAGUCGAUGCUCUUAAGAAGGUCCACACUACGCUGCUCCAAGUAACAUCCCAAUACACCAACGAAGCAUACGACUAUCCCAACAACCUCCGUGAAUCCUUUAACGACCUUGGGCGCACCGUCUCCGAGAAAGUCUCCCUGCUCUCCGCCGCGACCUCCCCAGCAGAGGCCCAAGCCGCGUUGACCGCGCCUCCCUCCGCAAAGCCGCAGCCCAAGACCUUUAGCCACGCUCUUGCGCGGGCUUCCCUCAAUGGAUCGCAUAUUCUGUCAGCCGAUCACUCCGGUGCCGGCGAGGACCCUUUGUCUACAGCUCUGGAGAAAUUCGCCAUUGCGAGUGAGAAGGUCGGCGAGGCGCGCUUAGCCCAGGAUGCUCAGAUUCAGAGCAGGUUCUUGGCUGGAUGGAGCACAACGCUGAACACGAACUUGAUGUUUGCUCAGCGGGCACGCAAGGCUGUUGAGAACUCGCGAUUGAGUCUCGAUGCGACCAAGGCCAAGGCGAAGAGCGGCCCCGCUUUCUCAUUGCCCGGACAGCAGCCUAAAAAUGGCUUGGAGGACCAUGAGAUCAGCGAGGAGGCCAGGGCUCAAAUUGAGCAGGCAGAGGACGAGUUUGUGGGCCAGACCGAAGAAGCUGUGGGCGUGAUGAAGAAUGUUCUCGACACCCCCGAACCCCUCCGCAACCUCGCGGACUUGAUCGCCGCUCAGCUCGAAUACCACAAGAAGGCCUACGAGAUUCUCUCGGAACUGGCCCCGGUCGUCGACCAGCUGCAGGUCGAGCAGGAGGUGCGUCGACAUGAGACGUCCGAUUUCUAG